AUGGAUCCCCAACCUACCAGCAAGCUACUUACACCCGAGAUACUGGUUGAGGAACCUAUUCGCGGGGGAGCUAUACCUAACCACGAUGGAACGCACGCUCUCUAUUACGAGCGCAGAGCCAAAAUUGGCGAUCAAGUAUCCGGAUGCUGGAAAACUAUGGACAUCGCAACCGGAGAAUCACAAACUCUCAUCGCGGAUAAGCUUGUAUAUGAAGCAACUUGGUUGGCAGACGAGCCCGGUACGGUAAUAACCCUGAGCAAAGUCGAAGGUGCUCAGAAUCAGACCCAGGUCGCAACCUACGAUCUCAAAAGGCCGGAAGUGAAAAGGCAAACCGCCCGUUUCUUCGCGGGACUAUGCUCCCUCAGAGUGGCGCGUCUCAAAAACGGCGAUAUCGCGUUCGCGGUGGGCGGUCCCGUAGGGGCAAAUAAUGAGCUGCGUAAGGAGGUAAAUUAUACCCAGCGAUCACAUAGCGGGUGGGUAUACGACAUUGACGAAGUGCGAGAGAUGGACGACUACGUAGAUCAUAGAAAGCAUUCAAUCUUCUACUCGGUUUUAAAGAAGUCUGAGGAGGGAUGGAAGUUGGCUGGAUCUCUGCAUAACGCUCUUGUCAACACAGACCUCGAGCCAAAAACCGCAUACGAUCUAUCUCACGGGGGAAUCGUAUUCAUAGCCGAGGAUCUUGGUGUGAAACAUCUGCCAUCACGGGUCUGGCACACCUACCUCCUUCGACUGGAUUCUUUUAAUAGGGCUAGCACUCACGGGCCUAGGAAAAUAGAAAUGCCGGACGAAAGCCCGGAUGAGAGUCGUGAGUAUAGCAAAUACCCCUAUUUCAGCUCCGAUGGAUCUCAGGUCUUGUUCUUGAGAGGGGGUAACAUCCAUCUCUACCGGCUCGGCGAAAGCAAAACCGUUAAGGUGCUCGAUACGUUAGCAGAUGGGAAAUGGUCAUUAACCCCAAAGGCGGCUGAUUUCGCUCCUAGUGGCAAAGCCCUAUAUGUCAGCGCCGAAGACAGCGGGAGACAAAAUCUUUAUAAGAUCGACCUACAGCCAAAUGCAAAACCCAAGCUGCUUUGCCGCGGCGGUAAUGUGCAUGCAUUCUACCCUCUCGGCACAGACGACGAACAGAUCCUCGUAACCAGCUCAAGUCUAGUAGACAGUUCGCUCUACAGUAUCGUCUAUACUGAUGAAAGCAGCGAGCCUAGAGUGCUUUCAUCGUGUACGGACCACGGGGCUCGACUUGGUAUUUCCUCGAGUCAAGUUUCAGAGGUACACUUCAAAGGUGCUGGCGAUUAUCAAGUCCACGCAUGGAUGGUAAAGCCUAGCUACUUUGACGAAAGCCGAAAAUACCCCUUGGCUCUUCUUGUACACGGAGGACCGGAGAGUUCCUGGACGGACGCCUGGGGCCUUAGCUCCAAUCUCGCGCUUUUUGCUGAACAAGGCUAUAUCGUUGUAGCUCCGAAUAUUACUGGCAGCACAGGCUUUGGUCUGGAAUUCAAAAAAGCAAUACGAGAUAACUGGGGUGGUCGUCCAUACGACGAUCUAGUCAAAUGCAUGGAUUACCUCGAGCAUAACCCCAAUAUCGAUAUUGAUAAAGCCGUCAUGAUAGGCGCUAGCUAUGGAGGAUACAUGUGCAACUGGGCCCAGGGCCACCCGCUUGGCCGACGUUUCAAGGCCAUGGUCUCCUGGGGCAGCAUCUUCCAUCUGCCAACCUACUUUAUGGAACGGGAUAGGUUCUUAAGCUUCGACAAGACACAUCGCUUCAGCGGUUCGGAAAUCCUAUGGAAGAACCCCGAAGGUUUAGAGCGGUUUAACCCAGCACGUCCAGAUCUCCUCCCUAAUUGGAAGACCCCCAUGCUUGUCGUCCACGGGAACGAUGAUUUUCGGUGCCCAGUUACCGGGGGCUUAGCUGCAUUCCGUACGCUACAGCUACUGGGAACACCGUCUAGACUCCUUAUAUUCCUUAAUGAAGGCCAUGGUGGAUAUAAGCCCCAGAACAACCUCAAAUACCUUCGGGAGGCUUUUGCCUGGAUUAAUAAAUACACCGGUCUCGGGGAGGAACUGUUACGAGACGAACAUGAGUUAACACCCUCCCUUAGGGAUUGUUAUCUCGGUCCAGGUUGGGGACUGCGCGAUCAUUGGACAAGCGACUGA